UUGUUCGUGUUGUGUAGUUCACGUGAAAAUUAUGUAGAAUAUUUCUGUUAUCAAUGUUUUGCUGUAUCAAGCUAAUACAAGUAGUUUUUCGUGUAAAAUUUAUUUGAAAAAAGAUGAAGAAUUUUUUAGCUAAUCAUUGUUGUAAUCUCAGUUUCAUAUUCAAUUGGUAGCUCAUUUUUUAAAAAAAAAGUGUCUAUAGAUCCAAUGCUCUAAUAAUUAUUUUGAAGAGAAAGUAGUAUCUCAUUAAACUUUCAAAAUGAAGCUGUAUCAAGUUCAAUAUCUUGGCUUUGCUACCGCGGACCGUUUAUUUUCAAUUGAUAUGGUACCGUGGGUAACGUCAGAAAUAAGAAGAGCUGGAACUUCUCAACAGAUCAAACUAGGUGUACACGAUGGACACGUUAAAGGCUGGAAAGAGGAAUCCGGCAACAGUCGACCGAUUUUCAGCCACUCACUGCUAUUGGUCUCCAAGUUUCGUGUCUUCCACGGCAACGUGACGUCAUUCACGUACGUCGUGGCCGACACCAGAGCUCCCCUCCUCUACUGCCACCUGUUCGAGACUACUGAACCUGAUGACGUGAGUUCGAGUUUCUCUUUGUCAAAAUUACUAAUACCAUACAUUGCUCCAUUGCAACAGUUCAUUUUUUACCCACUAACCAACUUGAUUCAAUCUUACACACUUUUUAUUUAACUUCACGUUGAAUAAUUAUCCAUUUGGACUCAACUAUAGGCCUAUGCUUUUUCUAAUUU